UCCGCAAUGAAUGGGUUGGAAAUGUAAUGGGAAGAGUUUGAGAUCCUCAAUCUCCGACACAUUUUGAUCUCAAUGAAAUCUGACACAUUUCUUCUUCCUUUCAAAGACAGCACCAUUUUUCCUCAUCAAAACCUUUUGUUCAGUCAGAUACUUCAUUCUCCAUGGCAUCAUUGAAUGCAAAAAUGGCCUUAAAACCCGUUUGUGCUAUCGCUUCGAUGCUUCUUGUGCUGUUGUUACUGGCAUGCAAACUCAACUUGGCUUCAGCCUCCUCAGGAGGCGUGAUGGGAGGGAAUUUCUUUGAUUCUGAUUCUUCCUCCUCCUCAGAAUCAUCCACGAUUGAUUCAGAGCCCCUGCAUCGACGUGAAGAAGAAGCUCAUUCUUCUCCUGGUGAUGCUGAUGGGCUUGGCUGGGGAACACACGGUGGAGUACUUAUGUUUCUGAUCUUCAUAUUUGGUGUGUUUUUUGUUGGAUUUUGCAAAGACACCGAUGCAAAUACUAUUACUCUCUGCAAGCUUCAGGUUGCGAUGUUUGGCGGGAGUAAAGGAAGCUCGAUACAAAGGGAUCUAACUAGGAUUGCAAAAGCUGCAGAUACUUCCUCUAGGGAAGGUGUGAGCCAUCUAUUGACAGAGACCAUACAGGCUUUGGAUCGGCAUCCUAGUUACUCUAUUGCAGGAUAUUCAUCUGUGGGUCAAAAGCAGAGUAUGGAGGAUGGGAAGAAAUGCUAUGAUCAACUAUCAAAUGAAGAAAGGGGAAAAUUUGAUAAAGAGACAUUAGUUAAUUUGUUCAACGUAGAAAAGAGAAGCCAGAGUAUUAAUGAGUUUAUCAAUGAGGACACAUCGUUGAAUGUAAAGGAAAGUACAACUGAAUCACAGAAAUUUGAAGAAGAGGAACUUCUCAAUGGGCUUGGUGACGAGUACAUAGUGGUAACAAUCUUGGUAGCUGCUAAAGGAGCACAUAAGCUUCCUAACAAUGGAGCUGAAGAUUUGAAGAAAGCCUUACAAAAGCUUAGAUCCAUUCUCCUUCUCCCAAGCAAAUUAUUAGCUGGUGAGGUGUUAUGGACCCCACUAAAAGAGGGUGACACUCUUUCAGAACGGAAACUACUUGAAGACUACCCUCAAUUAGCAGAAUGUAUGAAAAGCUUUAUAGUUAAGAAACAGGAAUAGAAGUAUGAAACAAGUGGGCAAUGCUUGAUUAUGUUGUGUUAAAAUAUUAGGCUAUAUUAAGAAUUUAUUUUAUAAAUUACAUUAGAUUUCAUUUUGAUUCAUUCAAUGUUAAUUUCAUGUUUUUACACAAAAUAUAUUCUCACUUAAAAUUACAAUGGUCCCUAUUGUUCA